AUGCUUGACGACGGACGGAAGGUUGAUUUGUUUAAGCUGUUUAACGCGGUUAAGGGUAAAGGCGGGUACGAGGUUGUUUGCGAUCGAGAGUUGUGGGAUUCGGUUGGGGAAGAAUGUGGGUUGGGUGUGAAUGAUGGUUUGUCUCUGAAACGGGUUUAUACUGAGUACAAGAGUGUUUUGGAGGGGUGUCUUGAGAAACUUUGUUCUGGGAAGGUGUCGUAUGAGAGUGUUUUGAUGGAAUCGUUGGCUGAGGUGAAAGCGUUGUUGUCUGAUCAGACGGAGAAUGUGGGGGUUGGAGAUGAGGUUAAGGGUGAAACCGAUGUUGCGAAGAAUGUGGUGAAGAGUGGUGAGUCUGGAUUGUUGAAUGGCGAGGGUAGUAAUGGUGAUCUGGAUGAUGUUAUUAUCAUUGACUCAGAUUCAUCUAGCGGUAGUGGAAGAGUUUCUGGAUUGAAGAGGAAGAGAGAAGAGUCUUUGUCUGAUAUGAUGAGUUGGGUUACUCGUGUUGCGAGUAACCCUUGUGAUCCUGAAAUUGGUGACAUGCCUGAAAAGUCGAAGUGGAAUUCUUACAAUAAUCAGGAGCCUUGGAAGCAGGUUUUGUUGUUUCGAGAGGCUGCGUUUCACAAGAAACCGGCAAGCAUUGAAAAGCUGAAUUGGCAGAAUCAGAAGAUGCAUCCUUGCUUGUACGAUGAUGCCGCUGCGACAGCCUACAAUCUAAGGGAGAGGCUGAAACAUGACAAAAAACUGUUGGUUGAAAAACCAAGAUCAGCUUCACAAAGCUCAUCAAAUUCAUCCUCUGACGAACGUGUUGCGAAACAUUUGCGUGAUUCCGCGAGUACCCCUUCGAGUUAUGAGAUAUGGGCUGAUGCAUGCAUCUGUGUGGGGGAAAGUUAUCAAGCUCGACUGCCAGAGUGGACUGGUAAUGCUUACGAAAGUGAUCCUAAGUGGUUUGGGACCCAAGUGUGGCCAACGUUGGAACCAGUUGAUUCUCGAUUUCUUAUUGAAAGGGAUCCUAUAGGAAAAGGAAGACAAGAAUCAUGUGGCUGCGCUGUGUCGGGUUCUAUUGACUGUGUCAGAUUUCACAUUUCUGAGAGAAAGGCUAAAAUGAAGCUGGAGUUAGGCGCGGCUUAUUACCAAUGGCAAUUUGAUAAGGUCGGUGAAGAUGUUCGACACUUGUGGACGGAUGAAGAUGAGAGAAAAUUCACUGAAGUGAUACAGUCAAACCCUCCAUCAUCUGCGAGACAUUUCUGGGAUCAUAUUUUUCGCGCAUUUCCUAAUAAGAGCAGCGCAGCUUUAGUCAGCUACUACUUCAAUGUCUAUCUUUUGCAGCGCAGAGCAUACCACAGCAGGCACACGGCUGAUGACAUUGUCAGCGAUGAUGAAGAAUCAGUACGCAAAUUGAAGAGUGUUUUCGGCCAUCAGAAAUCGCGUGACUCCGUCUUUCUGUCCCCCAAGAAGCGGCACAGAAAGAGGAGAUAG